GAACAAUAGUAACAUAUUUACAUGUAUAUGGUAAUCAGACAUUAAUUUUGCAGGGGGGUAUUUAGUAUUCAUCACCACACACACACUGACUUGUAGUAGUUGCUAGUCUGUUUGGACUCACAGUACUUCAGUAUUCUGCCUUUCCCUAUUAAAGCAACUCCCACACAGAGAUCCAUUGAGCUCUUUCUCUCACACCCUUCAAAGAGUUCAAACAUCAAUUUUUGAUUCUUGAACCCAAGGAAAGAGUACUACUAUGGAGAAAGUGAAAAUGCAUUCUAGUGGUACUACAGAUCUGAAGAAGAUCAGAAACAGUAAUAACAUGAUGAGGGACUAUGGUAAGUUGUUGUCACCGUGGCCAGAAAGAAACUACAGAUGCAGCUUUUGCAAGAAAGAGUACAAGUCAGCUCAAGCUCUUGGGGGGCAUAUGAAUGUUCACAGGAGAGACAGGGCUAGAAUGAGGCUGUCUUCUCCUUCUUCAUCGGUCGUCGAAAACAGUACUCCUCUUGUCAUCAACACCACAAACCCUUACCCUAAUCACACCAUCGCCUCAUCUUCCUCUUCUGCUUCUCCUUCUUCUUCCUUAGCCUGCCAGUUGUCAUCGCCUUGUAAUAUGAUGACUCAGUACUGUCCCUUUUCUUCACCGUCUUCCGCCUCCAUUACAGAUGAAGAAAAGGUUGCCAUGGUUCCUCAGUUGUACUCACAACAUCCUCUAAUGAAAACAAGAGAUUUUGGGAUCGAUUUGAACAAAAGGGCUCCGGUUGUUGAACUUAGUGAGCAGCUACCGGCUGUUGUCAUGACAAAAAGAAACAGUUAUUCUCUGGUUUGGAUGAAGGAAGAGGAAAAAGAUGAUCAUCUGGACUUGGAGCUUAGGUUAGGUUUCUCUAGGUAGACAUUCAUCACCUUUAUAUUGUUUUUCUUUCAGACCAAGCUCGUUUUUUAACUUUUGCACUUCUGGGUAGUACUGUGUUUUGUUUAAUUAAGCUUCUUUGGUAAUGUCGUGCAUGGUUUCAUUCUCAUGAUGACCUCGAAUCCGUGGAGCAAGAAUAAAUUAAAUGCAAUAAUUGGGAUUUCGGAAUUGUUUGCGAU